AUGCCAAACGCCAAAGCCACAGAACCCAAGUCCGUUUUAUCUUCAGACAACAAUCUUAUCGCUAUUCAUGUCAUUGUCCUUAUCGCUUGUCGUUCGCCUCAGACAGAACAUGCUGCUCAACUUUUAUGUGUCUCACGCACAAAAAGUGCGCCUAGUGUAGUAGGCCUCUCUCAAAUACCAUCUGACAGUGAUGGUGAUAACCCUGCCUUACCUAAUGUGACUGAGUUAAUUCAGUUUCUCACUAAAGAAUGUAAUCAAAUUGAAGAAGCAAACCUCCACAGCAGUCAUAAUGUGAAAACAACAUCUGAUAAUUCAUAUAUUAACUCAAGAUUCAACAAAUCAUCGGCUACGCCUCAGACUUCAACUCGUGAUUCUUCCUCAGCUCAUCAAGAAAAUUCAUCAUCUCAAGUCUCAUCAGCCCUGACUAGUCAAGAAAGAUGUUCCACAACACACCAUCCCUCAACAGUGUUGUUGGGCACUUUACUUGUGAAGCUGGUAUCGCCCACCGGAGUUAGCCAUAUAUUUCGAGCUCUCGCUGACUCUGGUAGUCAAUCAUGUUUUCUCACAGAACAUGCUGCUCAACUUUUAUGUGUCUCACGCACAAAAAGUGCGCCUAGUGUAGUAGGCCUCUCUCAAAUACCUACUCGAUGUAAAGGUGCCACUUCUCUCAAGGUAGAUACAUUGAAUGGAAAAACUAUUUCUACUGACUCAAACUUUUUGAUUCUUGAUAAAAUAUGUGUUGAUUUACCCCGCAUGCCAAUAUCCUCUGGUGUCAUUGAGAUGGUAAAUUCUUACGUUUUGGCUGAUCCCACGUUCCAUUUACCUGGUGGGAUUGAUGUUCUUUUAGGUGGAUCACUUUUCCCUCUCAUGCUCACUCAAGCAGUUCACAACCUCGGGCCUAACCUACCAAGUUUAAUAGGCUCACACUUUGGAUUUUUGGUAAUGGGUGACGCACCCUGUGCAAUCAAGCUUGAUGAUGACACUAGCUCUCACAUGUCAACCAUGCUUUUGGCAGUCAAUGACAUUGAACUGCACAAUUCUAUCCAGCGGUUUUGGCACCAGAAAGAGCCACCAGUCGCAUCGAAGCAAUCAGAUGAUGAUAAAAUGUGUGAAGAACACUUCCUCUCCACUCACUCUCGGGACCAAUCUGGCAGAUAUUGCGACCGACUACCGUUCAAGACUGAACACCCUGCUCUAGGAAAUUCUGUCUUUGCUGCUGAGAAAAGACUACACUCACUUCAGAAAAAGUUUAAGGCUCAACCUCAAUUCAAAUCUCUAUAUUUCGACUUCAUGUCUGAUUAUUCGUCUUCGGGUCAUAUAGAACUUGCUCAUAAUGUUGACUUAUCCGCCUCGCAUUACUAUUUACCUCAUCAUGGGGUGUUGAAGGAAUCAAGCAGUACCACUAAACUACGUACUGUGUUCGAUGCUAGCGCAAAAACCUCCAAUGGUACAUCUCUCAACGAUAUUUUGCUUACAGGAAGAAAAAUGCAAACCAACAUUUGUGACUUGUUGCUCAUGUUUAGAACUCAUAGUGUAGUUUUUUCAUGUGAUAUAAGGCAGAUGUACAGACAGAUUAAAGUCCAUCCUGAGGACCAGAAGUUUCAGUAUAUCCUAUGGCAUACUCGUCCAGAUCAACCACCCUCUACCUUCAGACUUACCACAGUAACCUAUGGAGUCAAUUGCUCACCGUACCUCGCUAUCAGGACUUUGCACCAACUUGCCAAUGAUGAAGGCGACUCGUUCCCUGAAGCGGCAGAGAUUCUUCGAACACAAACCUUCGUUGACGAUGUGAUUUCUGGUGGAGAUUCCGAAGAAGAAGCUUUAAGACUCCAGAGACAACUCAUCGCCCUAUUAGCACGUGGAGGCUUUGAGUUAAGGAAAUGGACUUCCAAUUCCAGUCGACUUCUUCUAGAUCUUCCAGAUGGUCAUCGAGAGACUCCGGUGUUCCUUCAAGAUAGUUCACAGCCUCAUCAUACCAUUUUAGGCAUUCACUGGUCUCCAGUUACUGACUGUUUUACAUACAAUUUUAAUUUUUCCGCAAGCGCAACUACAAAGCGUCAGGUGCUUAGUGUGAUUGCACAAAUAUAUGACCCCUGUGGUUUCCUCUCCCCAAUUGUGAUGUGGGCAAAACGUUUUAUGCAGCUCUUGUGGACCAAAGGAUUGGAUUGGGAUCAAACACUUCCCGCUGCCCUACUUGAAAUGUGGCAAAGUUUCACUUCAUCUACAGACAGCCUACGAGAGAUUUCAAUUCCUCGAGCUCUUCAAGUGUCACGAGCAUGCACUACUGCAUUACAUGGCUUCUCAGAUGCCUCCGAGAAUGGUUAUGCUGCAGUUGUUUACUUGUGCUGUGAACUCAGUGAUGGGACUGUCACAAUCAGGCAGAUUAUGUCAAAAACUCGGGUUGUUCCCUUGAAAAAACUUACUAUUCUACGCUUGGAACUAUGCACCGCCCAUCUUCUUGCCCAGAUAGUAGCCUAUAUGGUUUCUAUUUACAAGAUAAAAUUAAAGAUUUCAUUUAUCGUUCUCUGGUGUGACUCUACUAUCACCCUGACUUGGCUGCAGACACCACUUCAUCGAUUGAAGACCUUUGUUGGGAACAGGGUUGUGCAGGUGCAAGAAUUAGUACCUAAUCAUUGCUGGCGACACAUAUCCAGUGAAUAUAACCCCGCUGACUGCGCGUCACGAGGUAUCCUCCCAUCAGAAUUGUCUAACCACGAACUUUGGUGGUCUGGUCCUCUAUGGCUUCAAUAUUCGAGUGAAUCUUGGCCAUCCUCAAACUUUACUCCACUAGAUAUUACAAAAACAGGAGAAGAUAAACCUCAGUCACCUACCACUCUGAUAUCUACGAUUAAACCCACUCAAGAAUGGGAACUCCUCACUAGAUUUUCUCACUUCGGCAAACUUACACGAGUGAUGGGUUACAUUUUACGAUUCAUCUAUAACCUCCGGCACUCGAAAAGGUGCUCAGGCCCUCUCACCUCAUCUGAGUUAACUCAAAGUCGACUGACAAUCUUCAAGAAGGUUCAAGAAACGGUUUUUGGAGAUGACAUUGCAGCGUUGAAGAACAGCUCAUCUAAAACCACUUCAUCACUUCGGCGUCUCCAUCCUUUCAUUGAUAAAUCAGGUUUACUUCGUGUUGGUGGACGACUGAAUGCAUCUCAACUUUCAGAAGACGUUAAGCAUCCUAUAAUUCUACCAAAGAAACAUCAUGUGGUUGACAUUCUUAUUGAUUUCUAUCACAAGAAAUAUUUGCAUUCAGGGCCUCAAUUAACUCAAUCCCUUCUAGCUCAGAGCGUUUGGAUUCUUUCUGCCCGCAGUGCAAUACGCUCUCGAAUUUUUAAGUGUGUUGUCUGCUUUCGACACAAACCACAUAAUAAAAUUCCACUGAUGGGUGAUCUCCCAAAACCCCGAGUGACACCUUCCCGUCCAUUUCUCAACACGGGGCUGGACUACGGUGGUCCUUUCAACAUCAAGGUUCAUAACCUCCGUUCAAUACGUUUGACAAAAGCGUACAUUUGUAUCUUCUUCUGCCUCGUAACAAAGGCUGUUCAUAUUGAAGUAGCUACUGACCUAUCUACUGAUGCCUUCAUCGCUGCACUAACUCGUUUUGUGUCAAGACGUGGCCUCUGCAAGAACAUAUAUUCGGACUGCGGGACAAACUUCGUUGGUGCUAAUAACGCUUUUCAAGCUCUCUUCAAGUCAGCUGAACGAACAUCUCUUCUUGAAUAUUCCUCAAGCCAAGGCAUUACCUUCCAUUUCAACCCCCCAGCUGCUCCUCACCAAGGUGGUCUCUGGGAAGGAGCCAUUAAGAGUGCCAAGCAUCACCUCCGCCGCGCCAUCGGCGAACAUGUCCUAACCCUCUCAGAGUUCAUGACCCUGACUACUCAUGUGGAGGCGAUACUUAAUUCGAGACCUCUCACACCAAUGUCAAACGACCCUUCAGAUGUCACUGCGCUCACUCCGGAACAUUUCUUGGUCGGAGCUCCACUUGUCGCUGUUCCUGAUGAAAAUCUGGAAGAUGUUCCUGAUAAUCGCCUGAAACACUGGCAUUUGGUCAAGGCCCUAAACCAACACAUCUGGAAGAGAUGGCUACUCCGAGUGUUAAAUGGAAUGAGCAAAAUACCAAUCUUCGCAUUGGUGACCUCGCCUUAG